GGACGUUACUACGGAGGACCAAAAACAAAGAUGUUCGGCUGGGAUGAAGAGAGCCAUCAACGUGGCUCCUAUUGCAGGCGACUUCAUGUAAACACCCUCAAACUUAUUUCUAUAAAGUGCAACCUGGAAUAAGAAAGUCACCAGCAUGCUGGUUCUUGUUGCAAACGACUUCCUGUGGACACCCUCAAUCACAUACCUAUAAACGACAAGCUUGCUUCAAAAGCAUGACAUGAGUCACGUGGUUAUUACAAGCCACCUCCUGUAAACACCAUCAACGAUCAAUCAUAGUUACUCAGUUUGUUUCAGAAGUACAACAUGAGUACGUAGCCUAUUGUGCCAGCUGCUUACCUGGGGUGAAGAGACGUGGGUACAGCUCGUGUGGUGAUGACUUCCUGUAGGCACCCUCGAUCAAGUCGCUAUAAACACCAAGCUUCUUUCCACCAAGUUCGGCGACGAAUCACAUACCCGCCUACGAAACGUCAACCACUCCCUCACUAUAUGUACCUCCUGAACAUUAACACGCAGCAGUUAGAAGACAUCCAAGAACGACGUCCUUAUGCCAUCCUAUCGCACGCGUGGCGAGUAGGGGAGACACACUAUUUUGAAGAAAUUGGGACUGAGAGGGUGCGCACCCAACCCGGUUACGAGAAGGUUGAAAUGUGCUGUGAGCUUGCACGGCAGGAUGGUUUGGACUAUGUCUGGAUCGAUAUCUGCUGUGCAAAUGCCAACACCAGUGCCGGCCAAACUGAGACGACGACAUCAGCGUACACUUGGUUUCAACAAGCACAAGUAUGUUACACAUACCUGGAUGACGUUGACAGCAGCGAGGACCCAAGGGAGGGGCACAGUACAUUCAGGCGCUCCCGGUGGUUCAAACGCACAUGGACCAUUCAGGAGCUUUUGGCCCCAAAGCAUGUGUUCUUUUUCGCUAAAGAUUGGACAAUGAUCGGAACAAAGGCUGGCCUUUCGAGCAUAAUAUCUGGGAUAACAGGCAUCCACGAGGAUGCUCUCAAGUACCCGGAGCGCAUCCCCUGUUUUAGCAUUGCGACUCGGAUGUCCUGGGCCAAGGGACGGACGUCGACCAGGGAGGAAGACAAAGUGUAUGCGUUGAUGGGACUUUUCGGUGUUAACUUGCCGAUCUUGUAUGGAGAGGGCGAGACGAGGACAUUUCUGAAGCUUCAAAACAAAAUCAUGAAGACAACGGAUGAUCAAUCUAUUUUUGCGUGGCGCUCCGCCUCAGCUUCAGCUUCAUCCGAGUCCCAUGCCUCCGACUCAAGUCUCUUCGCCGACACUUCCAAAUGCUUCGCCGACUGUGGUGAUGUCCAACAAAUUCCUUAUGACCUGUGGUCAGAGUACUGCGCCAAACAUUUCCGUUCGGAAAAUGUAGCAUAUCCUCUGCUGGACAAAGUUCCUUCUUGUAGGGGCCUCCGCGCUAUCCUGCCUGUGCGACAACGAGGAGAUGGACUCGAUGCACUUCUAGCCUGUGCACGAAGUCCUGCUGUCUGGAAUGGCUCCGAAUACAUGGCGAACGUGGACAAAACAGAUGCAAACAAGGCAGAUCUAAUUCAAUGUAUCCACCUCCGGCAAUCCUAUCAUGGUUAUGAACGGGUAGACAAAAACCAUCUGGAAAGCGUCGGCGUCGACAAUUUCCGGAAAUUCAGCCUUCAGGACAUCCAUAUUUGUGCCUCUCGAUCGUUCCUGGGUGCUCCAUCUCAUCGGAAAUGGCUCGUAAAUAGUCUUCUCUAUAUCAUUUCACCUUCGAUUUUGUUCCUUCUGUACCAAUCGCGUAAGGCUUCCCUAUGAUCUCUUCUUCCCGCUCCAGUGUUAUGUCGUUGCGGACUUGUUUGUUUUUCGAUGUGGAUGUAACAUCAGGCAUGGGAUAGUGUAGAGUGCAGAGCGAUCUGCUUCGUUUCUUUCUAGACUGGCGCCGUGUCUAGGUGCUUUCUGUUUCUGAACUUACAUCCCCAAUGCGAUGGCCUACUCAUGUCUCCAAGACACCCAUGAUCAUACGAGUCGAGAUUAUCGAGGCUGAGC